UGCUGUACUCACCUCCUCUCUCACCUCCUCCUCCCCUUCUCCCCCCCACCUCUCCCUCCUCUCCUCCUUCGCCUCCCUCCUUUUCAACUGGACCCAAGCCUUCGCCCACUCCCUCACUUCAAGCCAGGAUCCACCUCCCCCAGGUGGACCUUCCUUCCCCCCGCCCCCAGCAGUGGACGGGUGGGGUGACCCCAUCUCCCUGCCUACCCCACCAUCCUCCCUAGGCCCCUCCUCGGCCAAUCACGUGCCCCCACCUGUCCUCGCAGCAGCAGCAGCGCUGGCGCUGCCUCUGAUAGCUGAGUGUGGGGUGAGAGGGGGGAGACAGGCAGGGGGGGGGGAGAGGGAGGUAGAGAAAUGGCAGCUGCUCAAUCAGGUGGGCAGGGAGAGUGGAUAGAGGAGGAGAAAAUGGCAGAAUGGACAGACGGACUGAGGAGAGUUUUUCAAGAGGUAAUGCACUUGAAGAGACAGCCGCUGGUGCUGCCCUUGCCUGUGGACCAAGCGCAAGCACAAGCAGAGUCCCUCGCACUGCUGUCCGUGCCGCACCUGCCACUGCCGAACCUACCAGGCUUGGUGCUGGAUGAAGAUACGUUGCUGCUGCUGCACCAGCAGCACCAGCAGCAGUACCAGCAGUACCAGGAGCGCCUGGGGCAAAACCAGCAGCAGCAGCAGCAUCUACCGCCGGGCUCGGUUCUUUUUCCCGUUGGUGAGAAUUUUGCUGCCACAGGCGCGGCCAACAGAGACCCUUUUGGUGCUUAUACCGAAGCUGACUACACAGGAACAGGCGCCUUCACCACCACAGCAGCAGCAGCAGCAGCAGCAGCAGGCACACCUGGAUUCCACGGCCCUCCCCCAGUGUUCCUGGGAGCUGUUUCCCUCUCUCUGGCCUCCAUGGUGCAUGCGUCUCUCUGCUGCGAUGUCGCCCUGCCCCUUGGGGCGAUCAGGGACGUGCUGAGCCCCCUGCUGGGCGCUCUCAAAGGGGAGAAGGGGAGUGGCUCUGCUGCUACUGCUGCUGCUGCUGCUGCUGCGACAGCAGUGGGCGAAAGUGUAGGUGUUUCCGAUAGUUGCAGAGGCGGCAGUGCAGGCUUAGGUGCAUCAGCGCUUCUUCCCAGCAGCGUGAGAGCGGCAGCAGCCAUGGCAGUCGCAGCACUGCUAGGCUCUCCUCUUCUGCUCACCUCGCUCCCGCCCUACCACACACAGCACCCGAAUGCUUCCUCUGCUGCUCCUGCUGCUGCCACCUCUUCUGGUGUGACUAAUUCCGCUGCAGCAUCGGUACCUAUCACUGCUGGUGCGGCCAGCACAUCAGCCGAUCAGAUCCUUGUGAUUGGCCCACUCCUCUUCUCCCCGAACGACGCCGUCCAAUCGUCUGUCAGGGACGCGCUCCAGUCAUUGGUCGAGGCGUACCGCCGCGACCGCCACGUCAGCGUCAAGCGCCAGGCUGGCUGGGCGCUGGCGCUCUGCGUGGAAGCUUCCCGGAAGCUGUCCGGCGAGGGUGAGGAGGAGGAGGAAGAUGAGGAGGAGGAGGAGGAUGGGGGGUGGAGAGGAGGUCUGGGAAGCGGAGGGAGUGGAGGUGAAGGGAGAGGAGUUUGGGGGGAAGAAGGAAGAGGGGGAGGAGGGAGUGGAGGGAGGAGGGGAGGAGGGGAGGAGAAACAGUGGCUGCUGGCUCAGUUCCCUCCCGACAGUGUGGUGCGGCUGCUGGCGUCGUGGCUGCUGGAAAGGAGUCUGCACGUGGGGGGUGGGGCAAGCACGGGAGCCGGCAGUCUGUGGGUGAGUGUGAGGGGGGCAUGUAGGAUGGGAUGCUUGCUGGCUCGGUUCCCUCCAGACAAUGUGGUGCGGCUGCUGGCGUCGUGGCUGCUGAAGAGGAGUCUGCACGUGGAGGGAGGGACGAGUUCUGGAGCCGAUAGUCUGCGGGUGAGUGUGGGGGACUGUAGAAUUGAAUGCCUGGUGGCUCCUGCAGUUUGCUUCCCUGCAUGACGUUGUGUGGUGCGACUGCGUCCAUCGUGGCUGCUGGCGUCGUGGGUGCUGGAGAGGAGACCGCACAUGGGGGCACGGAUGAGCGCGGGAGCAGGCAGUCUGUGGGUGAGUGUGAGGGGGCUGUAUGAAUGAGGGACUUAGGGUGGCUGUAUGAGGGCUGUAGGGUGGCUGUAUGAGGGCCGUAGGGUGGCUGUAGGGUGGAAUGCUUGGUGGCUCCUGCAGUUUGCUUUCCUGCAUCCAGGGUGGUGCAGCUGCUGCCAUCUUGUCUGCUGGCGUCGAGGCUGCUGGAGAGGAGUCUGCACGGGUCACCCCUAUCUGCUUUCAUCACCCCUAUCCGAGAGAACACCACUUGGUGGUGGUUUUAGCCAUACGUGGCAGCGGGCUGUAAAGCACUGUUGAUUUAGAAAAAAAUAAUAUUGCUCAGAAAGGAACUCUCGUGAAUUUGUGAGGCAAAAUUGAUGGUAACUAGUUUCGGCAGGUGGCGGCCUUCAGCAGACCCCUUCAUCAGACCCCUUCAGCAGACCCCUUCAGCAGACCCCUUCAGCAGACCCCUUCAUCAGACCCCUUUCAGCAGACCACUUCAGCAGACCCCUUCAGCAGACCCCUUCAGCAGACCUCUUCAUCAGACCCCUUCAGCAGACCCCUUCAUCAGACCCCUUCAGCUGACCACUUCAUCAGACCCCUUCAGCAGACCCCUUCAGCAGACCCCUUCAGCAGACCCCUUCAGCAGACCCCUUCAUCAGACCCCU